AUGAAACAAUUCAAUAACCACGAAAAUAAUGAAUACCAUAAACGCUGUAUACUUAAUGCUGAAUAUUGGUUAAAAACUUAUAGAGGCACGAUACCGAGUGUCCAGAUGCUACAAAACACAGCUCUGCAGCAACAAAUUAUUAAAAAUAAUAACGCAGUCCUACCAAUAAUUGAAACUGUAUUGUUUUGUGGUCGGCAGGGUAUACCACUUCGUGCCAAUAGAGACCUUUUACCAAAAGCACAAAAUGAAAUUAUUUAUGCAAUUAAUGAUAUAAUGCUGAAGAAAUUGGUUAAGAUGGUAAAUUCAGCAAAAUGUUUUACUGUUCUUGCAGAUGAAACGACAGACGUCUCAAUCGGCGUGGGAUACCUACAUAAUAAUGGCAUUAGAAAAGAUUUCCUUCAGUUUGUACCUGUUUCUGAUUUAACAGGUAAGAACCUUGUGAUAAUCAUUUUAAAUUCCUUACAUGAGUUUGGAAUCGAUACAAAGUUUUUUAGAGGACAAGGAUAUGAUGGGACCUCAGCAAUAAGUGGAAAAUGCAUGGCAACACAGACUUAUGUAACGAAAGAGCAUCCGACUGCACAGAGGUGCAACAUUGAAACAGACACUCCUGAAUCAUAUUUUAGGAUUUCUACAUUUUUGCUAUUUUUGGAUCACGUUUAA